GUGUGAUUGGCGGUUUGUUUUGUGUAUUGUAGUUUUGUUUUGUUGCGUUAAGAUUUGAGUUUCAUAUACACGAGUACAGUAAGUAUCACUGCGUUUUCUGCCACAGAGUAGCAACCUAGGGCUUCGCUGAACCGGUGGUGCGAUGCCGUUUUCAGUAAAGUGUUUGUUACACUAUGGAGAAGAUUUGUGAAAUUUGACCGACUUCAAAAAAGAUGAAUUAUGACGUGAAACGGGACAACGAUAGUUUAUCACAGGAUAAAAUUUUACUGUAUCACAGUAGAUGAAAAGAUUCGUCAGGAAGGCAGAUUAACUUAAUAUGGCUGAAGAAGAUGACGAUAAUUUUAACGAUUUGAUGUUUAAUAUAAAUCAACCAGAGCGACUCGAGGUUGCGUCUGUUUCCGAUGAUUCCAAUAUUGGAUCAUCUGUUAGUAAUUUUGGAAUUGACAGAAACAAUCCGCUUGAAAACCAACGAUAUAUACGUGAAAAUCAAGAUCCGCAAGCAAUUGUUCAAGGUAUCGGAAUUGUUGAAUUAAAUAUUGAUGAAAUUGUUGAACAUGAAAGUGGAUUAGCUAGUUCAAUUUCUAGAACAAGAAGCAGUGAAUUUAUUCCUGAAAUAAUAAAUUAUGAAACUGAGUUUGUCCAUGAGGGUGAAACAGAUUCAGAAGUAGGUAUAGAGGAAUCUUCACAAAUUAGUUUCGAAAACUUUGACGAUUCAAAUACUUCACCAUUUGACCUAGCAAUUGAAAGAGGCUUAUAUCAUCAAGCCAAAAUUUAUUAUGAUGACGCUUUAUUAAAUGGUUCAAAACUUGAUACAAAGUUUAUAAAAUCAGAAGAAAGCAAUGAAAGUGAAAUGUUAGCAUUACGAGACGCAUUAAUAUACAUGUUGCAAUCUGACUCUACAGUUUAUUUAGAGUAUAUUGAUAAAAAUGUUUUCAAAAUAAUGCCAUAUUGUUAUAACAAACCAAAUGAAGAGAAAAUAAAAAUUCAAAUGAGAGAAGAAACGACAAAUAUAAUAAAAGCCUUUCGUGAGAGUUUUGAAAGUUUCCUAACUAAAGUCUCUAUUAUUUAUAGCGAAGACCAAGCUGAUGAAUGUGCUACUGAUUGUGAAUCUAUUGAGUACACCGAUAGGAACGAGAAUGAUAGUGAGGGUACAUUGGAUGUUGAUAACCUUAGUGUAGAUACAGACACAACUGAUGUACCUGCAAGUUGACACAGCCAAAGAAAACACGUUAUUAGAUUUUCAUUAUUAUUCAAAUCGUAUGAACAAAGACCAAGAUAAGUUUAAUAAGUAAAUAAAAUAUUUUUUUACUUAAAAGUCCACAAUGGUGCUAUGUAUCUCGAAGAUUAGAAUUAGAAGUUAAUAUUUUAUGAUUAAGUACUAUGUCGUGUCUAAUUCUACAUAUAAAGUUAAAAUCAUUAUUUCAAUUUCUUCACUAUGACUAGAUUUUGUUGUUAAAUAAAUUUUAUUAUAACACGAAUGAUUUAUAUGCAAUCUGAUUCCUCAUUAGACCCUGUGUAUACUACCAUAGCAUGUAGUCUCAACUUUACCACGUAAUAUUGACUAUUUUCGUAGUUAUGUUCUAACCGAUGCUCUUACGACAAGGGAAACGUCGUGAGGAAACCUGCACUUUCAGACAACUGAUUGUGUAACCAUGAGCGAUGCAUGUUCCGGGGUUCUCGCUAGAGUGGUGAGGUUUUGACCAGGACCAUUCCGGAUGAAGAAGAAGACACUUAAUAAUGCAAG